GGGCUCGAACGAAAGACUUCAUGUGCAGGAAGUCCCUGCUCAAUCCGUACGGGUGUCCUGGAAGGUUCUACAAAGAAGUUCUCCGAAUUCUCGUCCUCGUCCGUGCCGGGAUAGAGCUUCCGUCCUUUAAGAGACAACCAUGGUUUUGAAAUACCGGGUUGAUAGAAUACAAUUGCCCAACACCCAUAUUGAAUUGAUGACCUCGUACUUCAAAACCAAUGAGUGGGAAUCCAAACACAUAUAUUAAUCAGCACCUUAACAUUUCAGAGGAAGGCAAGACUUUCACCAAAUAAGUAAGAGAUGGCCAGUUUCACUUAGGGUGUGAAGAGCGCCCAGACAUUGAUACGUUGCCGUCGGGUCAGAUUGGAAGGAAGCAAAACGUCCGUAAGUCAUCCCAGAUUGGUCCGGAUGUAUCUGACAGCAGAGUGUACGGACUCCUUCCGAAUCAUGACGAAACCCCGAAUUUAUAUGGUGCUCGCAGUGCCUCGGAAUUUCCAUCGCAAGGAGUCUCGCUUCUGGUCCCGAAGGAGGUUUCCUAUCGCAUGCAUCGCGCUGGUUACACUGGAUAUGCACAGCCGAGGACGGUUGACCGACUUUCGAAGAUUCGGACCCGUAAAGAGAUCGAGAACGCUAGAACGGGAGUCAUACGAGUAGCUCAGGUCGGGAGCCAGGAUGAUGUUCGCGAAGUCUCCAUGAUCCCUAACUUUAAGCAGCUUGAACCAGUUCGAAUUAUGUUGGUGGCCUUUGGGCGUGAGGUUUGAACGGUAUUGACAAGAAGCGCUACUUGCAGUCGGAGAUAGACCGAGGAGUACUGGCAGGAGUAGGGAAAGACCAAGUUAACGACCGGCCCGAUUGAUGUGACAUGCUGUUGUCGCUCACCCUGCAGUCACUCUGCCCACAGUGUAUACGACCAUCACACCUAUUUUCCUGAAUUCGACGUUAGCUCUCCCUUCAAAUCGUUGUUAAAAGUAUACCGUUGCAUCGAGUAUCUCCGAAUGUCUGUCUGUCCGGAGGAAAACAGGGAAAUUACAGACCAAUCCAGCUUUUGGGAAUCUGGUCAGCUAAACUGGGAUACUCAUCGAAUAGGUUGGGCUAUAGCAGGCGGCUGUACCGUUGUCACUGUUGUGGUAUCAACAAUAUCUGUUCUCCAACACUGCCGGAACUACACCAAUCGCGCUGAACAACGUCAAAUCCUUCGGAUCCUUUACAUGCCGCCAGUAUACGCGAUAAUCUCGUUCUUUUCUUACCGUUUCUUCCGAAGUUAUACAUAUUAUUCUCUGGUUGAGGUUGGUAAGUAUGCGGUAACACUAAGCGCAUUUUUAUUGCUCCUCAUCGAAUAUGUUGCCUCCACUUCAAGUGGUCAUUCUGCCGACAAUGCGAUGGUACGCAAAGACAAAUCAAAGUUACCUAUUCCUUUUUGUUGUUGGAGAUAUCGCCCGACGAAAGCGUAUUUCAUGUAUACAGUCAAAUGGGCCGUGCUGCAGUAUGUAAUUAUUCGCCCAGCUACAACGAUCGCCGGCAUCAUAUGCCAGGCACUCGGCGUUUUGUGUGAAGCGGCGGGUUUUGAUCCACAUUGGGCCAACGUCUAUCUACAAGCCAUUGAUUUCGCCAGUAUAAGUGUGGCGCUAUACGGACUUUUGUUGUUCUAUGGUUUGACGAAGGAAGAACUGGCAAAACGCAAGCCGCUGGCGAAAUUCCUGGCAAUCAAGUUGAUUGUUAUGUUCACCUUCUACCAGUCUUUUGUGUUUCAUGCGCUAGAAGACAGAGUUAUCAAGGCUACCCCUUAUUGGACUACAACCAACAUUGCUAAUGGACUGAAUGCGCUCGCGAUAUGUAUUGAAAUGAUCUUUUUUGCUAUCCUUAUGUGGUGGGCGUAUAAUGCAAAGGACUACGAAGUGGCCGGACAAAAGCCUACACACAUCUGGAGGCCAUUGUGGGAUUCAAUCAACUUUGCCGAUUUCGCGCAGGAAAUCUGGGGAUCGUUCAAGUUUUUCAUCGACUAUUUCCGUGGAGUGCCCACAGCCCAUGGCCAUGGACACAGAUCUGAUUUUGCUCAAGCGUUUGGAGUCGGUGCACAACGUGGGACAUACUCAAAGACGGUUUCUCGGGGAGGAUCAUUCAACCACAGUGAGUAUCCCCCAACCCGUCAACCGCGCAUGAGCUAUGAUGAGGAUAUCAGACUAGCACCGUACAACUAUGGUGACAGGUCUACAUCCGCUCAUCACGAUUCGGCGAUUAACGUCAACGAUGGAGGCAACCGCUGAAAUGUAUCGAGAGACAUAUUACUUACUAUCAAUCAUUUGUUCCAAAUCCGAUACCCCCUCAAUUGCCAUCGAUAGUUUGUACGAAUCGGUUGUUUCGCCUCAGUCAUACUACAAAGUAGUCUAUGUGAUUACGUCACGCGUUUGUACGCGCAAUCGCUA